AUGUGCUCGAUGCCGAGCAAGACCCCUCCACCAACUCCGCCUCCAAAUCAUAUCGCUGCCCAAGCUGCGAUGCGUCUCCACGCAAUAUACCGCCAUUUAGAUUGGCGCAUCAUACCGGCCUUUUGGGUGCUCUACUUCCUCUGCUCCGCCGUGCGAUCCACCCCUGGCCUGGCGUUGACCAUGAACAUCAAACAAGGCGACGACCUGGAGAGCUGGGUCUCGACAGGCCUGGCCUUGUACUACGCCUCCUACGUCGUCUUCGAGGUGCCUUCCAACCUCCUCAUGAGCAAACUUUCGCCUUCCGUUUGGCUGGCUCGAAUCGUCAUCAGCGUGGGAAUUAUCGGCACCGCCAUGGUGGGCAUCGUCAACGCCGGCGGCUUCUACGCCUUGCGUUUCCUGCUCGGGCUCGUGGAGGCGGGAAUGUGGCCCGGGAUGACGUUCUUCUUGACAUUGUACUAUCCCACCCAUCACAUUGCGAGGAGGAUAGGGUACUAUUUCACCGCAUCUCAAGUCUCGGCUGCCGUGGUGGGGCUUGUAAGUGCCGGCUUCCAGAAGAUGAACGGCGACGCAGGCCUAGUUGGCUUCCGCUGGAUGUUUCUCAUUUGGGGCUUGGUCACGCUCGUCGUUGGCUUCUCGUUACUCUGGUGGCUUCCGGACCGACCUUUGAUCCCUGGUGAGACAAGGAAACGCAGUCGCUGGACGAGCUGGCUCCCUCAACCUCCACCGGUCCUGACGGGCGAGGACGCCGAGCUGCACUACAAAGACCUGCGCAGAGCAUACGUGCGCCGCAACUGGACGAUGAAAGAUCUCGGCAAAGUACUACUCGACUGGCGCAUCUGGCCCCUGAUAGUCAUGUACUUCGGCGUCGUGGGCGUCGGCAACGGCGUGCAAUCCUACGGCACCGUGCUCCUAGCAGCCAUCAAUCCCAGCUUCAGCGGCAUAGACCUCUCCCUCCUCUACGCCCCCAUCUGGAUCUGCGACCUGAUCGGCAUCCUCACCGUGACGCCGCUCAGCGACAAAUUCUACAAACACCGCGCCCUCUUCUUCUCCGUCCCUACCGCUAUCCAAAUCGCCGGCCUCCUCAUCGCCACUUACGCCGGCAACUCCCUCGCCGACCACUGGGGCCGCUACGUCGGCAUACUGCUCGUUGGCUUCGGACUUGGGCCCACCGUCCCCAUCACCAUGACCUGGACGGCGGAGAUUUUCCAGGCGCGGCACGGGGAAGUGGGCGUUGCGGCUGCGAGCGCGCUCGUCUCGGGCCUGGGGAAUUUGGGCAGCGUCGUCACUACUUAUGCGCUCUUUGAUGGCUGGGCGGCGGAUGCGCAUACACAUCCUGUGUAUCUUGGUAGUAUGUGGGUUAUGGUGGGCAUUCUCAUGGCGAGUAUUCUCGCGAGUUGGGUGUUGACUUUUGCCCUGGCGAUGGUGAGACGGAAAGGAGGGGGAGGCGAGGAGUAUUAA